AAAAUUGUCAAAAUUUUUCGAGGAGUUUCACACGUCAGUUUGAUCUUAUCGAAAUUAAUGUGAAUUUCGAGAAGAAAUUACAUGCAAAUCACUGUAAAUCAAUAAAUCCUCAUCGUAUAAUAAGGUGUCCCAAGUUAAAAGUCGGAAAAGUUCAAAUAAAGCACCUACAUUGAACUCAGAUUAAAUUUGUGUGUUGAAGCCAAGUAUAAUAUUGAGAUUUCUACGUUUAAAUAAUUUUUUUACUCAAAAAGUUGUUGUCCAGAGAAAGAAAAGUGCAAAACUUAUAGUUUUACAGUUUAAAUCAAAGAAAGAAGCUCCCUUAACAAGAGAUUAAUUAUAUUCUGCAUUUAUUACACUUUUUUACCAGAAUUUAAUAUUAAUAUGGCUUACAAUCAUAUUCGAGUUUAUGCAAGAAUUAAAAGAGAAAAUCAGAUGGCUCAUUCAUCACGAUAUGAAUUAAUAUCUGAUUGUCCAGAUGGUUAUGACUCCUUGCAAACCUAUUACGGCGGUCAAAAUUUCAAAAGAAAACGACGCGUUUUUAAGUUUGACAAAGUUUUUGAACCACACUCAUCCCAAGACGAUAUUUUCAACAUUAUUGCAAAACCUAUAAUACACGAUGUAUUUUCCGGAAUCAACGCAACAAUUUUUGCAUACGGAGCGACUGGAAGCGGAAAAACUUAUACUUUAACCGGUUCACAGACAAAAUACGAAGAACGCGGACUUAUUCCUCGAACAAUCGAAUAUUUAUUUCAAUUGGUUACAAAUAAAAUGAGUAAUUACAUGUUCUUCAUAUCAUAUUUGGAGAUUUACAAUGAAAACGCGUAUGAUUUACUCAACCCGAAGCAAAAUAUAACGUGCAUAGAGGAAUUACCACGAGUCAUCGUGCUGGAGGACGCGAAAGGCGAGGCGCACUACAAAAACCUAUGCCUCAAAGAGGUGAACACCGAGAAGGAAGCCAUGCGUUUGCUCUAUACGGGUGACAAUAACAGGACGAUUGCCGAGACGCCCCUCAAUGACUACUCAUCACGAUCGCAUUGUGUGUUUACUGUUCAUGUGAUUUCCAAGUGCACUGCCACCGGAAAAAUUACGAAAUCCAAAUUAAAUUUGGUUGAUUUAGCUGGUUCUGAACGUUUACACCGUAUGAAUCUCCAUGGAUUAACCCUCAAUGAAGCACGUCACAUCAAUCUCUCUUUACAUUACUUAGAACGUGUCAUUCAAGCACUUUCGCGGAAAGGUACCCACCACGUGCCAUACCGAAACAGCAUGAUGACAUUCAUCCUACGAGAUUCUCUUGGUGGUAAUUGUCUGACAGCAAUGUUGGCUACUUUGAGUAUGCUGCAUGUCAAUCUGGAUGAAAGCAUCAGUACGUGUAAAUUUGCCCAGCGCGUUUGUCUUAUCACGAUGAAUGCUAAUGUGAACUAUUUACCUAGUCCGGAGAAGGAAAUUGAUUAUUUGCGUUCAGAGAUAAAACGAUUGAAGAAACAGAUUAACGAAACUAAUAAUGCGAAUAAACAAUUGACGGAACAAGAAAAAGACGAGUGCAUGUUUGCUAUAAAACAAUAUUUAUUGGGCGAGGAUGAUUUUGUCAUGAUAAAUGAUAUGAGAAAAGUUAAAUAUUGUAUAGAAUUUAUGAGGGACAAACUGUCGUUGAUGACUAAAGAACUGGAGUCGCAGAAUUUACGUUCAACGCUUGAUAUUAAACGGAAAAAAUGUAUGGAUGAGAUGGAAUCAAAGUAUAAGCAAAUUAUCGAGCAGAAAGAUGAAGAAAUUUCUGUUUUAAUAAAUGCAAACAAUCAAAGAAUCGACCCACAGUCUCCGCGAACUACAAUAAUUUAUACCGCAGCAGAAAACUCAAAAAAUCAAGAAAUGUCAGAGCACAAAAAGUUUAAAAUAUUCCUGAAUCAGAACAAAAAUAAGCCGCAUUUAAAAGAAUGCAUCAAACGAAUCAAACGAAAAUAUAACGAAGCAGUAAAAAUAGCUGAAAAUUUAUACAAUAAACAAGAAGAAAUUUCCACUCUAAAAAAUUUACUACAAAUCAACGGACCAAGCACAGAUAUUAAACUAAAACUGCAUUCAGAUCAAGAAUUCUACUGUGAACAACUUUACAAACUGCACGACAUACGUGCUGACAUUGAAAUACUAAUACAACAAUUAAACAAACUCAAAAUCAAAAUAAUGGAUGAUUAUAAACUGUGGAUUGUUAGAGAUAAUCACGUAGCAGGUGAUUGCAACAUGAAUCCACACUUUGGACAUUUCGAUGAGUCAAAACCAAUCACAGGAUAUAUACAGUUGUUACCCGAGAAGGAAGAAGUAAAGAAAAGCAGUAGUUUAAACGUUGUUACUUUUGAUAAUCAAGAAAAUAAACAGCCGAAUAUGAAUUAUGAAGAUAAAAAAGGACGAAAAAUUUAUACGAAAUCGUCGAGAUCAGUAAAAGUGGGAAAAAGACAUACGCAAUUGUCUCUGGUGCAAUGUAAAAGUGCUGAUUAUAUAAAUCAAAGACGAGUCGACAGUUUAGACGCAAUGGAAAAUGAAUUUUCGAAUGAUGUACCGCCUUAUUAUAAAUUUGUACGUGCAAGUGAUACUCCUGAAUUUAUAUCGUAUUUAAAAUCAAUUCCUUUAACUGGAGAUGAUGAAGUCGACGAUGAAAUUAUCAAGUUCUACCGGAUAAAAUAUCAUAGACCAACACAAUCAUUAUGUUAGUCUUAAAAUAUUUAAAUUAUUAAAUUAAUUAUAAGUACA